AAGCUCCAGUCCGAUCAUCUGAUCGCCUCAGCCAUUGGUCGGCACAUCGAGACUUUACGGUUCAGAAAACCCUGGCUACGCGCACCGCGGUGGUUAACAACACGUCUGCAGACAACACAACCCAGGGGAGACUCGAGCGUAGACUUGCAACAUGUCGGCAGUCAAUCCAGGCACCUUGCGAGGCACCCCGAACCGCGGGCAGGGCCGCGGUGCCAUUCCCUUUGCGAGCGGUUCAGCGGCGUCUGGAAUUCCCAGACCGGUUCACGAAACCGCGCAGGGCCCUGCCAGCGAAGCUGGCGUCUCUUCGGUCAGCGCCAGUCGGCAAAAACAGUCCAAGAGAGACGAAGCAAUUCGUCGAAAGAUGGAGAACGAUUUGUCCAAGAAGAAACACCUCACGAGCCGCGCCCGGCAGUCACGUAAAGCACCGCCGGGAACCGUCCUGGCCUUGAAGCCAAGCCAGGCGCUACAGAUCAAGCCCUCAACUACUGUUGCCGAAGCAGCACAACUCAUGGCUGCUAAGCGCGAGGACUGCGUGUUGGUCACCGAUGAUGACGAUCGCAUUGCCGGCAUUUUUACGGCCAAGGAUCUUGCGUUCCGUGUGGUUGGUGCCGGCCUGAAGUCAAACAACGUCACAAUCGCCGAGAUCAUGACCAAGAACCCGCUGUGCGCUAGGACCGACACGAGCGCUACGGAUGCCCUUGACUUGAUGGUCCGCAAGGGCUUCCGCCACUUGCCUGUCAUGGACGAGAAUCAGGACAUCUCGGGUGUCCUCGACAUCACAAAGUGCUUCUACGAUGCCAUGGAAAAGUUGGAGCGUGCUUAUGCCUCUUCCCGACGCCUCUAUGAUGCCCUCGAGGGUGUACAGUCCGAACUCGGCACUAGCCAGCCGCAGCAGAUCAUUCAGUACGUCGAGGCUUUGCGGUCCAAGAUGUCUGGGCCGACUCUGGAGAGCGUACUGAACGGCAUGCCCCCGACGACGGUGAGCGUCCGGACGUCGGUCAAGGAGGCGGCCCAGUUGAUGAAAGAGAACCACACCACGGCGGUGUUGGUUCAGGAUCAGGGUGCCAUUACUGGCAUCUUCACGAGCAAAGAUGUCGUCCUUCGUGUCAUCGCCCCGGGUUUGGAUCCUGCCACCUGCAGUGUCGUGCGCGUGAUGACUCCUCACCCCGACUUUGCGCCCAUGGACAUGAGCAUCCAGGCUGCUCUGCGGAAGAUGCACGAUGGUCACUACCUGAAUCUCCCGGUCAUGAACGAUGGAGGCGAAAUUGUCGGCAUGGUUGACGUGCUGAAGCUUACAUAUGCCACGCUCGAGCAAAUAAACAGCAUGGGCAGCACUGACAGCGAAGGGCCGGCAUGGAACAAGUUCUGGCUUUCUCUCGACCACGAGACCGAGUCGAUGGUGUCUGGCGAAGGUUCACACCACCACACGAAUCAGGGAUCUCGGUCACUCUUGUCUCCGGACUUGACCCGCAGUGAGCGCCUCGUCACUGACAGCGUGGCACCUGGCGACUCGGCCAGCCACGCGGGCGUCGAGUCACCACACCACAGCGCCGUCGGCGUCUCCCCCGAGCUUCCGCCGAGCGAAGUUCCUUUUCCGUUCAAAUUCAAGGCCCCCAGUGGCCGUGUCCACCGUCUGCAGGUUACUGCCGCACACGGAAUGGCCGAGUUUGUUGCCAACGUCACAGCCAAGCUUGGAUCCGAGGUGGAGGCCAUCGGCGGUGCCCCAGUCGUAGAGGAGGGCAAACUGUCUGGUGGAUAUGCACUAAGCUACCUGGAUGAUGAGGGCGAUUCCGUGUCGAUUACAACAGAUCAGGACCUUUUGGAGGCCAUCAUCAUGGCUCGCCACGGUCGCCGCGAAAAGGUCGACCUCUUCGUGCAUGAUCCCAAGGAGCCUCCCGUCGCGCCUAGCCCCCCGCCUGCGCCAACCGCUGCUCCCGAACCCGUGGUGCUGCCGACUCCUCCCGCCUCGUCUGUUGUGCGUGAGCGCCGGAAGGCGCUUGACGAUGGCGAGGAAGAAGAAGAUGGCGAUGAAUCCGGAGAUGAUGAGACACCUGUCCGCCGCAGCAGACACCUGCGCACGCGCACGGCGCAACAGCCUGAGCAGGUCAUUGCUGGCGUUCCUAACGAGCUUCUCCUCCCCGGGGCCAUUGUCACUCUUGCCGUGGUCAUUGUUGGCGUCUUUGCCAUCUCGAGGAUAAAUGAAUCUAGCAGCAACAUUUCCGCCAUGAUUAUACGGAAUUUCGGCGUACGGCACGGCCGUAGGACAUUAGCAGCCCCAAUAUCGCGGUCAUGUCUUCGGACACUUUCGAAUAGCACCACGACAACGACAACAACAACAACGGUUGCCGAGCCGCCCGCGCCGCCUGGGAGGUUCUCGAACCCCGCCGCUCUUUGGAAGGCGGCCACAGACGCAGCACGCAAGGCCCAACUUGCCGACAUUCCCGUCAACUACCGCGAAUAUGUACACCAGCGCGAGUAUACAAAAUCGGUCGGCUCCAUUGUCAAGAAGAGAUACCAUCCUGAUUACGCGAUCGACAACCCGCCGCAUGACGCCACGCUUGAGAUGCUGAUGGCCGCCCAGGUGCACAUGGGCCACCACGUCUCGCGGUGGAACCCGGCCAACUCGAGAUACAUCUACGGUGUGCGCGCCGGAAUCCAUAUUAUCAGUCUCGAGACGACAGCCGCCCAUCUGCGUCGCGCCGCUCGCGUCGUUGAGGAAGUAGCCUACCGCGGCGGCCUGAUUCUCUUUGUCGGCACGCGCCGGGGACACAUGCCGAUUGUGGUGCGUGCGGCGGAGCUGGCCAAGGCGUGCCAUUUGUACCACAAGUGGACGCCUGGCUCUAUCACCAACAGAGAUGUGAUUCUGGCGUCGGGCCAGUUGCAAAUUGUGGACCCCAAGGAUAAGCCCUGGAGUGGGUUCGACGAGCACCUGCGGGAUCGCCGGCCUGUGGUGCCCGACUUGGUGGUCUGCUUGAAUCCUAUAGAGAACUACACCAUGCUGCACGAGUGCGCAUUGGAGAACAUUCCCACCAUUGGCGUCAUUGACACCGACGCUGACCCAACAUGGGUGACCUAUCAAAUCCCGGCCAACGAUGACAGUUUGCGGUCUGUCACACUUAUUGCUGGCGUCCUCGGUAGGGCGGGAGAGCGUGGGCAGAAGCGGAGGCUAGCUGCUGCUGAGGACGGCGUGGUUACCUGGCAAACCCCUGCCGAAAUCGACAAGUACAUCACUGUGAACGCACGGAUAAAGGCUAUGGAAUCGAUGGCUAAGCUAGAAGAGGCCAAGGCCACCGGGACGUUGAGAAAGACCCUAACCCGCGAGGAGCUUAUGACGGAUGACCAGCUUCUGGACGAUAUCUCAGAGCCUCUGCCGGUUCCGGACAGGGACGAGUUGUGAGAAUCAUAUUCAUACUCGGGAACUGUAUCAUAUUGCUAGAGAACAUUGUUGUUGUAUGAAUACAGAUACGAGUGAGAGUCUCUGUUUUCUUCCAGGGGAUGAAAAUAUCCUCCUAGUUACAUACGCAAACGG